UUGGCACGACUCGUGCUUUCGCGGGUUCAUAAAUACCGGCGAGCUCGAGGCGAGCAGAGCCAGACAGAUGACCCGUGAAGAGAUAUGCGGGAAAUAAAGCGUAUACGUCUGUCGUUUGUUCGUUUUGGUUUUCCUUAGUUGUCUUUUGUUGAUUUGAACUUGUUUUAGCACAGUGUCAGGACGCAGUGUUGCUCCAGUCUGAGUGGGAAGAGUUCGGUAAGAACUUCGCUAUUCAUCUUCCCGGCUAGUAAUUUAGCUCCCUCUGAUCCGCAGUAACGCGCGCGGCAUUUUCCGGUCUAAUCAUGCCGCCGGUAGAGACCGAGAACGAUCCAAUUAAAGCUCGGAUACAGGAGCUCAUCGACACCAAUCCUGUUGUGAUUUUCAGCAAAAGCUACUGUCCCUACUGUAAAAAGGUGAAGGAGCUCUUUAAAGAGUUGAAUGUGACAUGCGAAGCCAUAGAACUGGAUCUGAUUGAGAAUGGAUCCAUCUACCAGGAUGUGCUGAUGGUGAUGACUGGACAGAAAACCGUCCCCAAUGUCUUUGUCAACAAGACACAUAUAGGAGGCUGCGACAAGACCAUGCAGGCAUAUAAAGAUGGCCACCUACAGCAGCUGCUGGGAGCGGAGAGCACGGCGUACGACUAUGACCUUAUUGUGAUAGGAGGUGGCUCUGGAGGUCUGGCCUGCUCAAAGGAAGCAGCUGCUUUAGGGAAGAGGGUCAUGGUUCUAGAUUAUGUUGUACCCACACCUUUGGGCACAUCUUGGGGUCUGGGUGGUACAUGUGUGAACGUGGGAUGUAUUCCUAAGAAGCUGAUGCAUCAGACCGCCCUGCUGCGCACUGCUUUGGAGGAUGCCCGCAAAUUUGGCUGGGAGUUCAGUGAGGCAGUAAGUCAUAACUGGGAAACGAUGAAGACUGCCGUGAAUAACUACAUCGGCUCUUUGAACUGGGGCUACAGAGUGUCUUUACGUGACAAGAAUGUCGAAUAUAUGAAUGCGUAUGCAGAGUUUGUGGAGCCACACAAAAUCAAGGCCACAAACAAGCGAGGCAAAGAGACAUUCUACACUGCAGCUAAGUUUGUGCUGGCAACGGGAGAGCGGCCACGCUACCUGGGCAUCCCUGGAGACAAAGAAUACUGCAUCACCAGUGAUGAUCUGUUCUACUUGUCCUACUGUCCUGGUAAGACGCUAGUGAUCGGAGCAUCGUACGUGGCUCUGGAGUGCGGAGGAUUCCUGGCAGGGCUGGGGCUUGAUGUCACCAUAAUGGUACGCUCCAUUCUGCUGAGAGGCUUUGACCAGGACAUGGCCAACCGUGCAGGGGAACACAUGGAGACACAUGGGGUCAAAUUCCUCAGGAAGUUUGUCCCUGUUAAGGUGGAGCAGCUUGAGGCUGGCUCUCCAGGCAGAUUGAAAGUGACUGCUAAGUCUACAGAGACUGAUGAGAUCAUCGAAGGAGAGUACAACACUGUACUGAUAGCUGUGGGUCGUGAUGCUUGUACAGGAGCUAUAGGUCUAGACAAGGUUGGGGUGAAGGUCAACCCAAAGAAUGGGAAGAUCCCAGUAAAUGAUGGAGAGCAGACCAACAUUCCACACAUCUACGCUAUCGGGGACAUCCUGGAGGGCAAGUGGGAGCUGACUCCUGUGGCCAUUCAGGCUGGAAAACUCCUGGCUCGCAGGCUAUUUGCAGGUUCCACUGUGAAGUGUGACUAUGUGAAUGUUCCUACCACGGUGUUCACACCUCUGGAGUAUGGCAGUUGUGGUCUUUCUGAGGAAAAGGCUAUAGAGCUUCAUGAAGAGGAAAACCUGGAGAUUUUUCAUAGUCUGUUUUGGCCUCUGGAGUACACCAUACCCAGCAGGGACAACAACAGGUGCUAUGCCAAGAUCAUCUGCAACAAGUUGGACAAUGAUCGUGUUAUUGGUUUUCACUACCUGGGCCCUAAUGCUGGAGAGGUGACUCAGGGCUUUGGUGCUGCCAUGAAGUGUGGAGUUACAAAGGAGCAGUUAGACAGCACCAUUGGGAUACACCCUACCUGUGCUGAGAUCUUCACCACAAUGGAAGUGACCAAGAGGUCAGGUGGUGACAUCAAACAGGCUGGUUGCUGAGGUUAAACCCUGCUCGUUUAAUAGGCUGUCCUAAAACCGUAUGAACUGGUUCACACUAGUUUAUACUGGCCUCAUCCAUCCUUUAAGCAAUUUCUUGGCUUUUCUUCUCUGCAUUCAAAAUAAGCUUUUCCACUAGAUUCCUAGCUUUUGAGCUCCACUCAAGGCUAAACCAAGUCUACCACACAGCAAUAAAAGAUGGAAUUGGAUGAAAGCGCAAGCUAGCUUAGAGUGCGCUCAAGAGUUUAAUUGUAGUGAAGACACAUUGGUUAGCUGUGGCCUUGGAGGGUCUACGUUUAUAAAUGUUCUUUAAAUUUAACUGCUGGAUACCACUUGAAGCUUCUACGGUUCCUCCAUAGGAGUGAGUGUUUUUAGUGGUUGCAUUUAAGGAAGUCCUCAGACCGUGGUCCUCCAGGACUGAGCUUAACCUGCUGCAGAGGAGAGAAGCUGGAGAAGUUAAAAUCCUGUAGGACAGCCUGUUAAACAGCGGGGUUACUCUGCUGCUCCAAAUCCUCCAAGCCUAAGACAGAAUUGCACUGGGGGAGGACACAUGCCUUUGUGAUCACUUUCCCAAGUGCUUUGUGACGUUUUAGCCCUUAACCUGAAUUCUGAGGUGGGCUAAGACUGAUAAUGGUCUGUGCUUAGACGUAAGAGGUAAACACACUUUCCUGUACAAACAUACACAAAAAUUCUAGUCCAGUAACCUCAGCUCCAGGCUCACAAGUAGGACUUGGAAAUACUGCAGUGCUGCACAAUCAUGACUGUUAGAACUGGGUCUUUGAGCACAUGUGAUGAAUACAUGUAAAAGCCAGAUAGAGUUACUAAUGAUUUCAUCCACCGUAGCCUAGGACAUUAAUACCCAUUAAUGCUAAACAUGUUUGUUAAACAUGUCAACAUUUUUGGGAACUCAGGCCAGAUAAUUAUUUUGUUUACUUUUAAAGUUAGUGGUAUGUGUGCUCUACAUUGUUUCUCUUGUUUUUUUGUUUGUUUGUUUGUUUUUUGGUCAUUAUUUGAUCCCUUAUCCUUACCAACAUUCCAUCCAUGGAUCAUUUAACAAUUAGUUGGUUUGUUCUUUUCCAUUUGUGUCAGUCCAUUGUCUAGUUGGAAGCUUUUUACUAAACAGCCAGUCAUGAGAGAAUAAAUUGUGGUCUUACUAAAUCUCAAAACAAAACUGGCAUAUAGUUUGGCAAAAUAUCAGAUGUCCAUUAAACAUAAUUAAAUGGAAAGAUUUGUGAACAUUAAAUUGGUUUUGAACGAAAUGCACUUAAAUUACUGAAUUUAAUAAAUUUUACUAUUUAAAAGUUGUUCAGAUCAUAAUCAAAUGCCUUUUUUUUAUCAGUUUGAACUCACUGUUUUUGAAAUAUAUAUAGACCCCCUGGUUGGUGUGGACUUUAUUAAAUAUAAAACCCUGCUGAUGUGUUGUUACUUAGCAACAGUGCCUGGUAAAUGUACAAACCAGUGUUUCCAUGGUAUCACUGUUUUCAGUGUAAUUGAAAGAACUUUAAUAAAGCUAUGUACACUGAACCUUA